AUGGAAUACGAGUACCGUAGUGGCAGCAACGCGGCACAUGAACACGCAACAUCAACGACGUUUACGGAGUACAGUAACACUACAAACCAACGCACCACCUGUUAUUGGUUUACUCGCUCCCGUUCUGGAAAUAUCGACCUGAAAAAUGAACCUCGCGGUCGUCCGAAGAAUUUGGUCGACAAUGACGAAUUAAAAGCGAUUGUGGAAGCUGAUGAUACACAAUCUACGGCUAAAUUAGCAGCAGCUUUCGACUUUAGCGUCAAAACAAUAUUGUCCAUUUGCGUCAAAUUGGCAAGAUGUGUACUGUGA